AUGGCAAGUUUGAACUGGAGUUAUGAAGGUAACAGUGGACCUGACCACUGGCACAAGUUAUACCCUAUUGCCAACAGAGACCAUCAAUCUCCUAUUGACAUUAAAACCAAGGAAGUCAAAAAAGAUGCAUCUCUGGGGCUUCUCUGGAUCAUUUGGAAACCUCCCACAUGCAAGGAGAUUGUCAAUGUUGGACAUUCAUUCCAGGUGAAUUUUGAAGAUAAGGAAAAUCAAUCAGUGCUGACAGAUGGACCUCUCACUGGAACAUAUAGAUUCCAACCGGAUGAGCAAGGCUCAGAGCACGCUGUGGAUGGAAAGAAAUAUGCCUCAGAGCUUCAUCUCAUUCACUGGAACUCAGACAAGUAUUCAAAUGUAGCUGAGGCGUUCGAGAAGCCAGGUGGCUUGGCAAUUGUCACUGUUUUCCUGAAGCUUGGCUUAGGCAAUGAAAACCUGAAGGGUGCCUUGAAAGCCUUGGAUUCAAUAAAGACUAAGGGUAAGCAAGCUCCCUUUUCUGAUUUUGAUCCUUCAAGCCUACUGCCUAAAUCCAUGGAUUACUGGACCUACAAUGGCUCUCUGACUCAUCCUCUCCUCCAUGAGAGUGUCAUCUGGAUUAUCUGUAAAGAGCCAAUUACUAUCAGCUCAGAGCAGCUGGCUCAAUUCCGCACAAUCCUGUCUUCUGCUGAAGGGGAAGCACCUUGUCCCACACUGAGCAAUCACCAGCAAUCCCAACUGCUGAAAGGCAGAGUGGACACCCGUGAGCUUAAAUCCAUCCUGCCCAAGCAAAGAGAAACCCAAGGAUGGUCGAGGGGCAAGCGAGUGUGUCGCAUGCCCGGCGGCUCUUGGCGCAUGUCGCUCAGCAGGAUGAUGGCUGCCGGAGCGACGCCUCAGUAA